GUGUGGCCCGUUUAGACAGUACGGCUGGAGUUAGAUUUUCCAAGAAUUACAACUCCACCUAAACUCAAUAGGCUACUCUGCACCGGAGCUGUCCCUCUCUCUUCAUAGAUUGUUCACUGUAAAUCCCGUGCUGUAACAGUUUCGUCAGUGCCUCCGACUUAUCUCUCUCCGGUCUGGAAUCAAACUGAAGUCUACUUUCAACAUGGCCGGCAGAGGAACUGUGAAAUCCAGCGGCAACUUCAACGCCAACGCAGAUGCUGAGGUUCUGUACAAGGCCAUGAAAGGGAUUGGAACGGACGAGGACGCGAUCCUGCAGUUGGUGGUGUCCCGUAGCAACAGCCAGAGGCAGCAGAUCAAAGCUUCCUACAAGACCCUCCACGGCAAGGACCUGAUCAGUGAUCUGAAGGGAGAACUGGGGGGAAAGUUUGAGACUCUCAUCGUUGCUCUCAUGACCGCACCCCUCGCCUAUGAUGUCAAGUCUCUACACGAUGCCAUCAAGGGGGCUGGGACAGAUGAGACAGUGCUGGUGGAGAUCCUGGCCUCCAGAACUUGCCAGCAGGUUAAGGAAAUUAAUGCUGCCUAUAAACAAGAGUAUGACCAUGACCUGGAGAAGGACAUAGCAGGAGAUACCUCAGGUCACUUCCAAAGGCUGCUGGUCAUUCUGCUCCAGGCCAGCAGGCAACAGGGAGUACAGCAGGGGAAUGUGGAGGCUGAUGCUCAAGCCCUGUUCCAGGCUGGAGAGAAGAAAUUUGGCACCGAUGAGCAGGAAUUUGUCACCAUCCUGGGAAACAGGAGUGCAGAGCACCUGAGGAAAGUGUUUGAUGCCUAUAUGAAGCUGUCGGGGUAUCAGAUUGAGGAGAGCAUCAAAAGAGAAACUUCUGGAAACCUGGAGAACCUGUUGCUGGCCGUGGUGAAGUGUGCUAGGAGUGUGCCAGCCUACUUUGCUGAGACUCUCUACAACUCCUUAAAGGGGGCAGGAACUGAAGACCAGACCCUGAUGAGGGUGAUGGUGUCUCGUAGCGAGGUGGACAUGAUGGACAUCAGAGCAGAGUACAGGAAGAUGUUUGCCUGCUCUCUUCACUCCAUGAUCAAGGGUGACACCUCUGGUGACUACCGCAAGACCCUGCUUCUGCUCUGUGGCGGGGACGAUGCAUAACCAUGUAGGUGAACCUAACCAUCUGGAGGGUCCUCAAAACGCUUCUGCUCUGAGUAGCCCCACUGGCUGUCAAUCACCUGUCAUCCAAUAGAGAAGCCACAACAAAGCUUUGUGAUUGGCUGUGAAUGGGACGAUGUCCUUCCACGUCUUUAGCCCAAAAUAAUUUGAUAUCCAACUCCAAGGUAGCUAAUCCAGUUAAUAAUGACUCUUACAUGAAGCUUUUAACCCACUAAUAUGCUUAACAUGAUUAACAUGAAGUUGGUGCUCUCAGGCAUUAUUUAGUCUUAGCUUAGUGUUUUGUACUGUUUCUAAGGUCUACAUCAAAGAACAUUCCACAGCGAAAAUAAAUGUUGCAAUCAACA